UUGACGGAAGAUACCUAAUAGCGCCAAUUUUCAUGUUUGUUUUAAAUGUGUUGUGUUGACUACCUUUCACUGGUAGAGUUGUGGUUCUUGUGUUGUGAUAUUUUAGGAAUAAGUUCUUCAAGAACUUGAGAAUAUUCCCAGAAGUAAUGUAUAAAAUAAUUUGUAAACAAGUUCCAGAGGGGCUUUUAAAGAGAGAAGCUGCUAAAAAUCAUUUUCGACAAUUUGGAAACGUGAAGAGGAUUAUUUUUAGAUCUGUUUCUAAAGUGAUAACUGUUGAAUAUAGUGGCAGAGAUGCAGUUGAGAAAGUUCUCAAGCAUGGCAAUGUUUUUGAUAAUAAAACAUUCACAAUUUUGAAAGAUUCAUCUGAUGGUGUUGAGAAGCCACAAAGGAAAAAUAAAUUGAAGAAAUCUUUGAACCUACCGGAAGAAGUAAUGGUUGAAUUGGAUGCUAUGGGUGGUGGACCUUCAUUGGCACUCAUCAAUAAGAACAAACAAGAAGUUAGGACUGAUGAAGAGACCAAGAAGUCAUUGAAACGACGUGUGCCUGUAGAUAAAGAGAAAAGUACACCUAAGAAAAAUAAGCCUGUUAUAUUUUCUAACAGUAACGAAUACAAGGAGCUUCUUGAAAUUAUCAAUCAGCCUGCAAUGUCUACAGAAGAAAAAUACAAAGUGUUGGAUGCUAGAGAUAAAAUUUUGCGUAUGAUGGAAAAGGAAAAUGGUGCAAACAAGAGCUCUACAAAAGGCACUUGUCCAGACAUGUGUCCAGAAAAAGAGAGACUCUUGAGAGUAAUACAACAUCAAAUAUCCUAUUAUGAACAAAAUUCUAAUAAAGAAAUGGAUCCCCAUCUUGCAGUGAAGCAGUAUUCUAGGAGUUCUGCUGAUCAAGAAUCUCCUUUACCACAUGAACUUAGGCCUGUUGAGGUUCUGCAAGGAACUAUGUCUUAUUUGAUACACAAAAUCAUGCCUCUAGGAGAAAUGCCACAUGUCAACAUCGGAGAAUGGUAUCAUUUCCUUUGGGAUCGCACACGCAGCAUUCGCAAAGACAUAACUCAACAAGAGUUAUGCUGUCAAGGUUCGGUUAAACUCCUUGAGCAAUGUGCAAGAUUCCACAUUCAUUGCUCCGCGCGAUUGGUCGCAGAAGACCCUUCUGUUUUCGAUCAGAAAAUCAAUACUGAAAAUCUGACCAAGUGUCUGCAGACCUUGAAGUACAUGUACAAUGAUUUAAGACUGAAGGGAGAGAAAUGCCCCAACGAGGCAGAAUUCAGAGGGUACAUCAUUCUGCUCAAUUUGAACGAUGCAAAUUUCAUGUGGGAGGUUCAAAGGCUUCCUUUGGAGAUACAAGAAUCAAAAGAAGUGAAGGAUGCAAUUAAAAUAUAUUUGGCCCUAAAUGCAGAUAAUUUCGUGAGAUUUUUCAAAUUAGUUAGGGAGACAUCCUACUUAAACGCCUGCAUUUUGAUGAGGUACUUCAUGCAAGUACGCUACCACGGUAUAGACAUGAUUCUAAAAUGUUACACGCCCCGCGUCACAAAAGCUGUAUUUCCUUUAGCCGCACUGACUGAAAAUUUCGGAUUCGAAAGCGUUAACCAUUCGAUCGAAUUCUUGCAAAACUGUGGGUUACAAAUGAAUGACUCGAAGACGUGCGUUAUAUUGGACAAAUCUGCGUCGUUCGUUCAGGAUCUCAACAGUACUGCCCUAGACCGUUCUAUAAACUUGGUUGAAAGGAAGAGAGAAUGUUUGUCGCUUGGUAUGAUUGUUUACGGUGGAAAUCUUCCGGACUUCAGUCCUUUGGAACCUCAGACCAGCUUCGAUGAGGAAGGUCUUUUGAGAGGAGAGCUUUUCCCUAAAGAAGAAUUCGUGAAACCAGCAAAAGAAGAUGUUGAUGAAACAACAGAGGAUGUUCAAGAAGUCGCACCGGAAAUCGACCAAGAAAUUCAGAAUACUGCAGAAUCCAAGGAACCUCAGGAGAACGAAGUAUCGAAGGUCAACAAGGAGAUUCAUAUUUCUUCGAACAAAAGUAUAUUCCAUGUACCGGAGGCAACCACUGAUGUUUCCGAAGUUCAAGCACCUCCCAAUAAGAGUUUCCAUGAAGAGUCAAAUAACGAAGAUGACAUGAUGGAACAGACGAGAAAAACUGUUAAAUCAGUUAUUCAACGUGGUGGAAUAUCUGAAGCAAUAAUCUUUCAGUCAAAAAGUGCUUCUUGGCUGUUGAGCUCAGAAGAAAGGUCAGCUAUCAUUGAAAGGAGAAAAAGUGAAGAGAAAUCAUUCUCGUUUUCAAACUCGCCCAUCAACUUUCCCAAAUCUCAAACUCGAAGCGACAUUCCUAAAGUUACCGAUCAAAUAUUUCACCCGACACCAUUUACGUUCCCCAGUGUUAAUGAAGCAGUAUCCCCUGCUUCUGAAGUUCAAGUACAUUCUCCAACGAAAAUAGAAGAAAGGGUGUCCAACAAUGAAACCAAUCAUGAAGAGGAAGAUCAAAAGCAGAACGGACAAUUGGAAGGAAAGGAGGAUAAUGAGGAUUAUUCAGAGAUAAAAACUAUAGUUUCUAAGAUUAUAGGCGAAGUAAUGAUGAGGGAGGAAAGAACCAAAAAGGAUGAAAGGACGAAGGCCCUAUUGGAAAGGAUUCAAAGGAGUUUCAAUAAAUGGAAACAAAGUGCAGAGAAAAAGAAGAAAGAGAAAACUGCAGAUGAAAUUUCGAUGUUCUUCUAUGGGAGAAACCUGGCAGAAGGAGCAGUUGCUUAUGGAUUGUCACCACCGAAUGCAUCAGGAUAUACUGGGAGAAACCUGGCAGAAGGAGCAUUUGCUUAUGGAUUGCGACCACCGAAUGCAUCAGGAUAUAAUUACAAUAUAAAGGAUGUGGUUUGGUCGCCUGUAAAAGAAAAGAGACGUGUCGAUCUCGAGCAAUACGCAAAAAUUCUGGUCGAACGAAUGAGUGCUUUCAAAGUGAAAAGGCUAGGGCUCCGCGAUCCAAUCUACUGGAAAUGCACAAUUUCAAUCGCCGAUGAUAACGAAUUGGCUGGAAAUUUCAUGACCAUCAAGGAGACCUUGCAGAGUUAUUUUGAUUGGGAAGAUGAUAGAAACCCGUUGAUAAAACAGAAAUUCGGAAGAAAUAUUCCAGUAAGAUUCAGUUUCGUGAAAGAAGUUGGUGGUGGUACCGCCAAUCACGACGCAAAUGCUCUGAUAUUCAUAGACAAUAACUUGAACGAUAGAUUAUACAAAAGAAUAUUAGAUAAGUUUGAAAAAACCGGAGUUCAUGUCAGUGUUCCAAUCGUAUUGAUUUUAGACGAAGCCCCAGAAGAACCCUUGGAUUUCUCCAAUUUCGAUUAUCUAGUUAACCAAGGCAUUAUUUCUACAUAUAAGGUUAUCCAUGAAUAUCGUGAAAAAGGUUUGAUCAAUGUGCUCGAGCAGGCUUUGUAUAUUGUUGUUGAUAGUGUGAACAGUCCCCCUCCAGUUGAAGUGGAUUUUUUGGAUAAUGUCCUUUUCAGAAAUUUCUUAUGCUCUGAGUUAUGGAAAACGGCUUCAUGCUACGGCAGGACGAAUCCAGACUAUGGAAGGUGUUUGAUGGAUCCUAACACGGUUAUUAGUUUAUACAACGAUGGCCUGAGAAUAUUGACAAGAAUUAUCUUGGAUGAUACUUGCUACGAAUACAUUAAAUUUCCGGAAGAAUUCAGACAGUUUGAAGAGAUGCCUCAAAUUCCUUGCGAUUAUAAACAUCUUCCUGAAUUAAGUAGCGAUUUUCAAUACAAGUAUUAUAUCUUCUAUAUAAUGGACCAGUUUAUGCCAUUGAUUAAAUUCUCGAACUGGCCGCCUCGAAACCAACAGGACUUGUUGAAUUUGAUCUUUGAAUUUUGCUAUCGUAACUUUGGUCCGAGGAGCUCCGAAAUUGCCAAAACAUUAUAUCAGAAACUUUGGAAAGGAUGCAAUGGCAAUGUGAGAGAAAUAGGAAAUAUAAUGUGGACUGACAUCUUAGAAGUAUUGAUUGCGGAAAAAUUUAGGCAGUACAAAAAAAUGCAGGGAUGCUGUUCCAUUACGAAAUUGUGGACAAUGUAUGAUAAUGUUAUUGUUGUUUAUCAUACAGCAGUUAUGGAGAGAUUUCUAAAAAGUGAUUGGUUCUAUUUGGAAAAUCCUAUUAUUCAAGCAGAAUUAGCAUACAGUUUUGGUUAUAGAUUUGAUGUAAGUGUUCCUGAUGUACCGACUGAUGUACCGAGUACUAAUGAAAUUGAAGAGGCAAUUGCUAUAGCAAGACUUACUUUAACUAAUAAGACGACCAGGGAUACUGAUCCAGGCUUCAAUAUUGACAUAUUCAAUCAGGAGAUAGAAGACUUCACCACCAGCAUGUCGAUCACAAAAAGAAUAUCUUCUAAAUUUGCAGAUCAAUUCAGGAAUUAUAGAGACUGAUUUUUAAUCAUUUUUUAGACUGUAUAUGCAUCAAUUGCCCAUUGUGCAUUCUAAAACAAGAGAUCAGGGUAAUUUUGACAUAUACAUUACUUUACAUGUAAGUGAAUUUAAGUUUUUCUUAAUUCCAUUAUUGUGAUAUGUUUCAACAUGUUGAAUCACAAUAUUCUAGUAUGUUGUAUCAGCAGAUUAGUAUUCUGAUGAUGGAAAGUAAAUACCUAUGUGUCCUUAGUGUAGGAAAUAUUUCAGAUUUCACUUUGAAAGGAUACGACAAUCAAAAUGGGUCAUCUCUUGCAGAAAGAUCUAAAUUACUAUUGAACAUUUUUGACCUAUUCAACACCAACUAGGCUUUUGAAUUUUUUUGCCUAGACAAAAUCUUUUAUUCACAUUUUUGACGAUUUUUAUGUUGAAGUGAAAUAUUUCCCUUUUGUUAUUGUUUUAUAAAUGAUUAAUAUUAUUUUAAAAAUUGAGUAGUUAGAAUAGUAUAUCCAGCUUAGAUAUUAUUUCAUAUAUUAUGUUGAAGAUCUUCUUCUAAUUAUGUCUUGAAUUGAUCAAGAAUAACAGUUAUUCUUUUUAUAUGUAUACAAAAUCCUAAAAAAAAAAUAAUAAAAUUUCGACCUUCUUA